GUGAUAUUAAUAAACAUGUGGACCACCUCUUUAUAAAAAUAGAUGAAUAAAAUCAAUGAAACCAAUUUCUAUUAUUUUUUUUUUAUCAAUUUUUUGCUGAAAUUCUAUCUUUAAGAGGCCUUCUUUAUCUGGUACUCGAACCAAAUUGUCCUAUUGUAUUCUGAUUACAUAGUCUUGUGAUUAUAUCAUAACUAAGCUAUUGUAAAUAUUUCAAAUUGAUCUAGAAUAACUUUGUGACGUUUUUUUAUAUAUAAAUUGUCCCAUAGAAAAUAGUUUAUGAGGGACCCUAGUCAAAGCACGGGCUCGAGAGGCCCUAAUUUCAGUUCAUGUAACGUUAAUUAAGCUUGUAACAAAGUCUAAGAUUCCUAUCUAGAAUUAAGUUACAUUCGAAUAAUAAUAGAACAAGUAUCGACAAACAUAUACAGUAAAAACCUCGAUAUAGCGCUAUCAUUUAUUCGCACUUAAUCAGACGUGGCGCUAAAUCGAAUGACCUCGACUAAUAAGAAUUAUUUCAAAACGAUGAGAGUUCGAAUGCCAGAUGAUUAAUGACCUUUGCAAUGCAUAUUAAUAAUUCACAGAGGCUGAAGCGUAUUUAAAAGGUCGCUUGUGUUCAUUGGCGCUAUAUCGAAGUUUGACUGAAUCUGUACUUGUAUGAAGUCUCUACGUGCGAGGCUUUAUAUAAACUCGUACUGGAGUUUGCUUUCGUAAUUAUCGUACUGACAAACGGACGGACGAUCAAAUACGAUUAAUUUAUCAUUGAAAAAUAAAUAAACAAAAUUCUUAUUAUUUUUAGAAGUAAUAUUUAUUUAUUUCUCUCUUUCGUGAUCACAUGUGAUAUUUCCCUUUACUGAUUUUUAUCACCUCAUAAAAUCAAUAUUUUAAAGCUAAAUAUUCGAUUUAAAGCAUUUUUAUACACUGAAAAUAUCCUCACUAUUUUAAAAAAAUCACAAAAUGUACAUUCGAACCUCUAAACAACGACCACUGAUCAAAGACAUAAAAAAAAAUGGCCGCUGUAUACAGGUAAUUUAUAUCACACGGAGCAAUGUGAAUAUUUUCUUUUAUUAAAUUUUGUCAAAGGGUAAAGCUUCUACUCUAAAUUCUAUAUCUAAAAGUGAGGGAUAUUUUAUCAAAUAGUGAGGAAAUAUCAUGUGAUACACAUCCAUAAUGCAUUGCGAGUAACAAUGAGUUUCCAAAGGAGGCAGAUCAUUAAAUCUUCUAGCGAUGAGUCAGAAAACGACGACGUUAACAGCUCUAAAGACGAUUCUUUACCGUUGUUAAGAUCAACAAACACGAAAACAUGGAGCAGUUGGAGAUGGAUAAACACAUUCAUGGGGAUUUUUUUCGCCUUUGAAGCAUAUUUACAGAUAGACGAUCCAGAUUGGUAUCUAUGGAUUACAGUUUAUACAAUUCCUUCUCUAUUGACAUUUUCUGUUGCUUUAUAUCCUGCGAUACUCGGUAAUAUAUUUUGGAGAGUAAUGUGCUCGGUUACGUUCGCCUUUUCAGUUGGAUUUUCUAUUUAUCUCUUGAUAGAGUUUGCACGUGUUUUGCAACCCCGUUUAGGUUUCAAUCCAAUGUUUUACGAAGAGGGGAGGGAGUUUUUAGGUGUUUUAAUUAUCGCCAUUUGGCUGCAGGCUUGCAGAGAAUCCAAGUUUGCUGCUCACAAUUCUUCGUAAUGAAGAUUCAAAUCAUCGCUUCUCAGAUCAUCAUCCGAAAAUUUGGAUUUAUUUUAAUCAUUAUGAAAAAUAAAAUUAAUCAAAUUUUGCAUCGAAAACUUAUUUAACAUUUU